CGCUCGGGGCUGCGGCGGGCACAGAGCGUUCGCCUCGUCGCUUCAGCCCGAAGCACCCUCGGCGGUCGCGCCUCCCGCCCUCCGUCCUUCUGCCCGGCCCCGCGCCACCAUGCCCGCCGUGGACAAGCUCUUGCUGGAGGAGGCGUUGCAGGACAGCCCCCAGACUCGCUCUUUACUGAGCGUGUUUGAAGAAGAUGCUGGCACCCUAACGGAUUACACCAACCAGCUUCUCCAGGCAAUGCAGCGCGUCUAUGGAGCCCAGAAUGAGAUGUGCCUGGCCACCCACCAGCUCUCGAAGCAGCUGCUGGCGUAUGAGAAACAGAAUUUUGCUCUUGGCAAAGGCGAUGAAGAAGUAAUUUCUACACUCCACUAUUUUGCCAAAGUGGUAGAUGAGCUUAAUGUUCUCCAUACAGAGUUGGCGAAACAGUUGGCAGACACAAUGAUUCUACCUAUUAUACGAUUUCGAGAAAAGGAUCUCACAGAGGUUAGCACUUUAAAGGAUCUUUUUGGACUCGCCAGUAAUGAGCAUGACCUCUCAAUGGCAAAAUAUAGCAGGCUUCCUAAAAAAAAGGAGAAUGAGAAGGUGAAGACGGAUGUCGUGAAAGAGGUGGCAGCCGCGCGACGCAAACAGCACCUCUCCUCCCUCCAGUACUACUGCGCCCUCAAUGCGCUGCAGGACAGAAAGCGCGUGGCCAUGAUGGAGCCCAUGAUAGGCUUUGCCCACGGACAGAUUAACUUCUUUAAGAAGGGAGCAGAGAUGUUUUCCCAAAAUAUGAACAGCUUUUUAUCCUCAGUUGCGGACAUGGUCCAGAGCAUUCAGGGGGAACUAGAAGCCGAAGCGGAGAAGAUGCGCGUGUCCCAGCAGGAGCUGCUCUCUGUUGAUGAGUCUGUUUACGCCCCGGACUUUGACGUGGCCGCGCCACAGAUCAACAGGAACCUCAUCCAGAAGGCUGGCUACCUGAAUCUCAGAAGUAAAACAGGGCUGGUCACUACCACCUGGGAGCGGCUUUACUUCUUCACGCAAGGCGGGAACCUCAUGUGUCAGCCGCGGGGCGCUGUGGCUGGAGGCCUGAUCCAGGACCUGGACAACUGCUCGGUGAUGGCCGUGGACUGUGAAGACCGCCGCUACUGCUUCCAGAUCACCACGCCCAACGGGAAAUCGGGGAUCAUCCUCCAGGCAGAAAGCAGAAAGGAGAAUGAGGAGUGGAUAUGCGCCAUAAACAACAUCUCCAGACAGAUCUACCUGACCGACAACCCAGAGGCAGUCGCCAUCAAGUUGAAUCAGACGGCGCUCCAAGCAGUGACUCCCAUUACAAGCUUCGGGAAAAAGCAAGAAAGCCCGUGUCCCAGCCAGAACCUGAGAAAUGUAGAGCUGGAGAACGACAAGAUUGUUCCCAAAGCAGCAGUCCCUGGCCCUGACGCCGACGAGCUCAUCGCACCUGGAACACCGAUCCAGUUCGAUAUCGUCCUUCCUGCCACCGAAUUCCUGGAUCAGAACAGGGGCAGCAGGCGCAUCAACCCCUUUGGUGAGACCGAGGACGAGACAUUUCCAGAAGCAGAAGAUUCCCUUUUGCAACAGAUGUUUAUAGUUCGGUUUCUGGGAUCCAUGGCAGUUAAAACAGACAACACGACCGAAGUGAUUUAUGAAGCGAUGAGGCAAGUACUGGCCGCUCGGGCUAUUCACAACAUCUUCCGCACGACGGAGUCCCACCUGAUGGUCACCAGUCAGACUCUGAGGUUAAUAGAUCCUCAGACUCAAGUAACAAGAGCCAAUUUUGAACUCACCAGCAUUACCCAGUUCGCGGCUCAUCAAGAGAACAAAAGACUGGUUGGCUUCGUGGUCCGCACGCCUGAAUCCACCGGGGGAGAGGCUCUGAGCACAUACGUUUUUGAAAGCAACUCAGAAGGCGAAAAGAUAUGUUAUGCUAUUAAUUUGGGAAAAGAAAUCAUUGAGGUUCAGAAGGAUCCAGAAGCGUUGGCUCAGUUAAUGCUGUCCGUACCACUAACCAAUGACGGAAAAUAUGUACUGUUAAACGAGCAACCAGAUGAUGGAAGUCCAAGUGAAAAUAGAGGCGCAGAAUCUGAAGCAUAACUCUCUUGGGCCUUUGGGGGAAGAGCACCCAGGAAGGAGAGCUACCUCCUUAAGGGUUUUCAACUUCUCUGAUAUACAGGCCCAUGACCUGGUUUCAGAAUGCUGACAAUCGCUUGUGGAAUGUCCUCUGGAUGCCUUGUACUGAGAGAUGGGAGGGAAACAGUUCGAAAUGGUUGACAACAUUCCUACCCAUCUACAAAUGUUAUUUUAGGUGCUUUGUGGUAAGUCUUUUUCUUAGAUUGUGUUGUUCAGCGCUCAGAAUGAAAAUUAAUGAAAAAAUGCAUUGUUCACUUUAUUCAAAUGUCAUCUCUUCAGUUUCCAGUACCCUUUUUUAAAAAUGGCAAAAACCUAGAUUUAUAAUUUGAUAAACACUAAAUAUUUCCUAUUAAUAUAAUCUAUUUUUGUAUUUUACUUAAUGAGCUUUAAGUGCCUGUCACUCCAGAAAUUGUGUAUUUAUAAUCAAACUUAUCUCACAUUUGGACCUAAUAGCAUUAAUUUGUGCAGUUAGGUGACAUGCCCUGCUUUGAGGCCUGAGCACUAGCAAAAAUGCAGGUCUAGUUUGGAUAAUUUUUCCAGACAAGCAAUAAAAAGACUAGCAGAUGAGUACCACAAAAGAUGUUCGAUUUUACAUUGGAAACUUAAGAACCAGCAUUCACAAGUUUACAGGCCUUUAGAUAUUUUUAGUGGUGGACAGAGUGAAGCUCUGCCAGUUCCUGAUUCCUCUGAGCCAGACCCUCCUCAAGGAAGGGACCAAUUAAUUUUAAAACUCACUUGAAGCAAGGCUGGUUGUGGGGCUUGGUACAAAGUUUCUGUUUCCACCUCUACCUAUGAAAUAAGUGUAAUGGUCUUGAAUUGGCACAGUGUGUUUAAUUAUAACCAAGUUCAACAGAGUAUCACUGUCUUUGUAAUAAAUUAACCUAGCAAUAAAUGCUAGCAAAUAAAAACUA